GGUGAUGGCUCAGGGUAGCGACUGAGGUGCAUAAGGGCGAUUAUGGGGGUGUUAUUGUGGCUUAUAACUCCCAAAACAGCGGUAACUUCGCGUUCGUGAUACCAUCAGAAACACUUCGAGUCUUAACCUAUUAAAAUACACGUUUGUCAACUCCUAUAAAUAAACCAUAACUCUUUAGGAGUGUAAAUUUUUGCAGAGACAGGGUUCGUGUGGUGUCUGAGACAUUUCAAGAAUUGUGAUCACAUGUGAAGGAGUGAAGUGCAUGGAAGCGGGAAAAAUUGUGUUUGGGACUGGGUCUUAGAGCUGCGAGUGUUAUGGAACGUUACGAGUGAAAACGAGAAAACUUUCCACAAUGGAUAUUCUGCAACAGAGAGACAAGAGGCUGCAAGACGUCAGAAGCCAGCACACUUCUUUCCUGAUAGAAGACAUUCUGUUUCGCCCGAAAACUAGUCUUCCUCAGGUUCCGGCUAUGGGUCCGGCGCUGAGUCGGAGUUCCACCGUGCUCUCUGACAGCUACUCCAUGCUCCACGCGGCCUACCUGCACCCUGCAACGCACCCUUACCUGCACAAGGCGGAGCCUUUCUUCCUAACACCCGGCCUAGGUUUCGGAGGCCUGUUUGCGGGCGGGUCAGGCGAUCUGGGGGCCAAGCAUUGUCGACGGCGGAAGGCAAGGACCGUGUUCUCGGACCACCAGCUGACGGGUCUCGAAAAACGGUUCGAGGCCCAGCGGUACCUCUCCACGCCAGAACGGGUUGAGUUGGCGAACGCGCUAAACCUCUCCGAGACUCAGGUGAAAACGUGGUUCCAGAACCGUCGCAUGAAACACAAGAAACAGCUGAGGAAGUUGAGUGAAGACGCAAAACACAGCAGCGCCGAGAGGACCGGCUCGGAUGGACCCGUGGACUUCUCGAGUCGCCCCACGUCUUCGUCACAACUUGGAGAGAAGAGGGCGCAGAGCGAAAGUGACGAAGAUGAAAUCGACAUUGUGGGAGAGCAACAAGGCUCCCAGCCCAUGCUAGUGUGAGGCACGGUGUUGCUAGGCCCUUGAGGCACUCUCAGAGACUCGGGAGACACAAGACGAGCCAACAGUAGGAAAACCUCGAGAAGAGUCUCUCAGGGGACAGUUUUUUUAAUUGCGACCAGAGGCUAGAGUUCAACGGCUAUUAAACCAAUAUGAUAAUACUUAAGGAUGAGAUAGCGUAAAGCUUUUAUUCUCACGAGACUGAACUCUGACGUCAGGAAGUGUUAUGAAGUUCGGCUCAGUAUCACGAGAUUCAGAAGUCAAUUUCUGAAACGCUGUGCAGAGUAUUGUGAAGCUAACAUGAUAACACAGUGGAACCUCGAUAUACCGCGGCUGUGAUCAUGUCCCCCAAAACGAUUACACAUGCUUUAAAUAUUUCACAGGGUAGCUUAUAACGCGGGUACUGAAGUUGUCCCCUCGGAACCCGCGUUAUAUCGAGGUUCCACCGUAUUAAGGUACUCAAGAGGGCGUGUUAUAAAACUCACUAACCAGAAAUUUAAUUUGAGGAGACAUGUUACGUAUGAAGAAACUUUAUUCUGCGACGACGUGUGGACAAGAUACAGUGUCGCAAAAUAACUGAGAACCGUAGCUAAUAUCCUUCAGUUUUGGGUUUUUUUUAGUGUUCUGUCCGACGACAGGUCCAUAUGAACAGGAUCCUUCCAUCCUUUUCUCGG